AGCACUGAUGAAUGUGUGCACUUGCGAUCGUCAGACAGGCGGCCACGCUCUUCUGUGUGUGUGUGUAGAUGGGCGCUCACAGUUCUCCGAACCAGUCGUCUUCGUCUGCGGCCUUGCUGCUCUGGUGGUGCUCGGCAGGGGCGGCCUUGGGCUGCUGCUGCUGGGGCGGCUUCAUCGGCACACUCGAUGCCUUGCGGCCGAUGUUGAAUCCGAGCGCCUUCAACCCACACACACAGACACAGACAGAGAUGACAUGAAAACAUGCCACUCCAUGUGUGUCGCACUGAUGUCUCCAUACCUUUGGUUUCUGCCGCGGCUCUGCUGGUCAGGUGGCUGGCUUGGCAGGUGGCUUGGCGACGGGAGUGGGCUCCUUCCGUGCCUGAUAUCAUGACACAACAACAGCAAGACGAUCCAUCUACCCACCCUCCUACCCACCCAGCCACUGUCCGUCUGUGUGUGGUAGACUGACUGGUCUGCAGGAGUGCUUUGAGUUUGGCGUUGCCUCGACUGGAUGCGGACGAGGCAACCGACUGGGGGCUGGUGUUGGGCUGUUUGGAGUUGGGGUUGGUUGGCGGCCGCAGUGGGAGCAGGCGGGUCUAUCCUGGGCAGUUCCCAGACGAGGGCAACGAUUCAGGUGUAGAAGACGCUACAUAUCAACAGGAGUGUCACAUGCAACCCACACAUGCACCCACCCAUCCAUGCCCUUCGGUCAUGCGUGUGUCUUUGUGUGUAGUCUCUGCACGUGCAGGCAAUCGCCGCCGAAGGCAAAGCAGCAAGAGAUGGACAUCUAUGCACCAAUGCAUCUCUAGCCGGGCGUCAUCCACCAGUGCACGUGAUGCAGACACACAGGCCUGCCUUUCUCUCGUCUCUCUAGUCGAGCCAUCCAGCCAGAUGCUCCUCGCUCUCCCUCUGCCGCUUGGUGCCCCUUCCCUGGGCUGCACACACGUCAGCUGCAUCCAGCUCCAUCCUCGCGGCUCUCACAAAGCCGAAGAACUGGUCCCUAGCAGCAACAUCAGCAGCAGCAGCAGCACCAGCAGCAGAGGUGCUAUCGUCGUCAGCCCAGCCGCCUCUUUCCUCUCCAUCAGGAGAGGCCGUCGAUGUGGGCGAGAGGUCCAGGGCGUCAGUGCUCGAAGGAUCUUGGCUCGAAGACCCCUCCGCUAAGGGCAGAAGGAGGCGGGUGCGUGGGGGCAUCGCUGCCGGCGCAGCAGGAAAGUUUCUCCGUUGAGAUUGAGGGAGGGCAAACGCCCACACAAAGAUAGCAAGCCACACAAGAAGCGCCUCAAUGGCCACAUGAAGGGCGGAGGAUAGAGGGAUCGUUGCUGCGGUAGGUGGCUCGCCGAGAAGGCAAAGUACUUGGGUGCUGACGCGCACCGUCGAAAAGCCCAAGCUGCAGACGAGGGCGAAAGGCAAAGAGAUCUCCCGACAGAACGGCACAACGGCCAACAGAGAAAAGCCGAAAGUGAGCCUCGCUAGCGUCUCUCUCAGUGGCUGCAGGUGCCCCUCAAAGCGACACGUCGACGAGGUAUCAGAGGAAAGCGAUGAGUUCCCAGCGGCUGCAGGGGCACCAGUGCCAUUGGAGAGAGAGGCAGAUCCUUGUUGAUGCGAUGAAUGCGAUGAAGAAGACGCGUUGGGUGAGGAGGGAAGAACAGACGGGGAACGUUGAGAUGGCAGCCCACGCUGGCGGAACAGCAGGAUCGUUGUGAGGAGGGACAUGACGAUUGGAAGAGGACGGAUGGGCGUGCCGACCAGCUCCAACAUGCCGAUGCGCCUCUCGCCGACCAGCAGGGCUGCAGGGAGGAAGCCAGGCCGACCUCCUGGGGCGCUUUCACCACUAAGAGCCUCGCUUGCAAUGGCCAAUGAUGGAUGCGAAGAGGGUGGGAGAUCUGGGCCCGAGAGCGAGGUCGGUGUGGAUGAGGCCGCCUGGCGGUGGGAACGUUGGGAGCGUUGCGUCGCAAGAGCCUCCUACCGCAUCAUGGUGGUGCUGGUGUGAUGGUUGAGAUGAGAGAUCUGAUGCAGCAGCUCGGGAGGUAGAUCCAGGGCGGCCUUGCCGAGGAAGCGUUGUUGGUCAGCGCCCUCCACGCUUGCCGCGAGCAAUGGAAUGCUCUUCUCUACUGCAGUGGUCCAAAUGCCGUGCGCGAGAGAAAUGGC